AUGUCGAAUUGGAAUGGACAGCCAUUACUGGAAUAUCUAAGCAGCCGUACCAUUGACCAACUAGAUAAACUGUAUUCAUCUCCUGCGGUAUCGUUUGCUAUUUUUCGACUCUUGCCAGAACUUUCACAGCAGCUUAUCCUGAGAGCGCUGUGGCUAGGUGGUACUGAAAAGAAAUGUGAUUGGCGUGCAUGGGCAGUCCCAGAUUUCGAGACAGCAAUAACGAAUCAUAUCGAUGGAUUGAGGAAACUGAAGAUAAUUAUUGGAGAUGAAGAAGUCAUGAUUAAUCCUGCAUAUCGUCGUGCAUAUCUUAAAGCAACUCGUAUUGGAUUAUGCAAAGCAUCAGAGCUCAGUGUAGUUACAGACUGCGAUGAAAAAACUCGAAAAUCGGCAAAUAAAGAUCUUGGAAAGAAAGCGAUUGAAAGAUGGGAAUGCAUAUUGCAUUAUUUGGCUUUACCGUCACAAAAGAGCGAACAAGGUGUCAGUGGAACCACUAAAAUGCUUUUUAGGUCUGCGGGUCUAACUAGCAGUGAAAAUGAUGACGGUGAUAUAGAGAUAACAUCGGCCGGUUUCCAAUUUCUGUUGUUGAACCGUUCGGAGCAAAUUUGGACCUACCUCUUGCACUAUUUUCAUAUGCAAGAAGUAGCUGGUGUCGAUAUUAUCAAGGAACUUGAUUUUUUAUUCAGAUUAACACUAUAUUCCGGUAAUACAUCUGGUGGUACUAGAGUGGCCAAUGGGUCAGAUAAAGAACGACCUGCCGGUAGUCGGGCAUUUCUUAUCGAUGAAAGUUGGCCUGAACCUAUCAAGGAUUUUCUGGUGCACCUCAGGGAAUUGGGAUUGGUUUUUAUAAGGAAGCGAAAAGACGGGUUUUUCUUUCUAACUCCUUUACUCAAUCAUUUGACCAAUAUUUCCUAUACAUCUGAAACAUGCAUAGAAAACCGUAAUCAAAACGGCUUUGUGAUAGUGGAGACAAACUAUCGUGUUUAUGCAUACACAGAUUCAACCUUGCAACUUGCAAUACUUUCGACAUUUACAGAAAUGCUUUACAGAUUCAACGAUAUGUCCGUGGGUGUGCUGUCUCGGGAGGCUGUAAGAAGAGCUUUUCAGGUUGGUAUAACAGCAGCACAAAUUAUAUCAUUUCUGCGUGCAAAUGCUCAUCCAACAACUUAUGCUGCAACAGCUGAAUGCGGAGGAGUGAUACAGAGCGUGCCGAUCACUGUUGCUGAUCAGAUACGACUUUGGGAAGAUGAAAGACGACGUUUGGUAUUCUGCAAUGCUGCUGUUUAUUCGUCAUUUGAAUCUGAAAAGGAAUAUUUCGGUUUGAAAGCUUACGUCAAUUCUCAAGGUAUCUUAAUGUGGAGUGAUGAUGCGCAGAAGUUGCUAGUUAUUACAGAAGAAGGACAUGAAAGUGUGAAAGUAUGGUGGAAAAUGAAAACUGGUAAGAAUGGUUCUUAA